AGAUUUCCUGGAGGAAGUAACAUUUAAAUCCAGGUUUGGAAAAGAGGAAGAAGUAGCCAGGAAAUGCAAGAAGGGAAAAGUUCUUGGUGAAGGGAACAGCCCAUGCAAAGGCAUAAGAGAAUCUCAUUUUCAGCUUCUGCCAGAGCCAGCAGCAGUUGGGAAAGAAGACUGUACUCCUUGAAGAGCCCCCAUAGGUGUCAACCAACCUACAAAACAGGAUGGAUCUUGAUGUGGUUAACAUGUUCGUGAUCGCUGGUGGGACCCUUGCCAUUCCCAUCCUGGCAUUUGUAGCCUCCUUUCUACUGUGGCCUUCUGCGCUGAUAAAAAUCUACUAUUGGUACUGGCGGAGGACGCUGGGCAUGCAGGUCCGCUAUGUUAACCAUGAAGACUAUCAGUUCUGUUAUUCAUUCCGGGGCAGGCCUGGGUAUAAACCUUCCAUUCUUAUGCUCCAUGGAUUCUCUGCACACAAGGAUAUGUGGCUCAGCGUGGUCAAGUUCCUUCCAAAGAACCUGCAUUUGGUCUGCGUGGACAUGCCAGGACAUGAGGGCACCACCCGUUCUUCCAUGGAUGACCUGUCCAUACAGGGGCAAGUCAAGAGGAUCCACCAGUUUGUAGAAUGCCUCAAGCUAAACAAAAAGCCUUUCCAUCUGGUUGGCACCUCCAUGGGUGGCCAUGUGGCUGGGGUGUAUGCUGCUUCUUACCCAUCGGAUGUCUGCAGCCUGACUCUUGUGUGUCCAGCUGGCCUGAUGUACUCAAAAGAUAAUCAGUUUAUACAACGACUCAAAGAACUGCAGGCUUCAGCUGCUGUAGAGAAGAUUCCCUUGAUUCCCUCCACCCCAGAAGAGAUGAGUGAAAUGCUCCAACUCUGCUCCUAUGUCCGCUUCAAGGUGCCCCAGCAGAUCCUGCAAGGUCUUGUUGAUGUCCGCAUCCCGCACAACGACUUCUACCGCAAGUUGUUUUUGGAAAUCGUCAGUGAGAAGUCAAGAUAUGCCCUCCAUGAGAACAUGAACAAGAUCAAGGUCCCGACACAGAUCAUCUGGGGGAAACAAGACCAGGUGCUCGAUGUGUCUGGUGCGGAUACUUUGGCCGAGUCAAUUGCCAACAGCCAGGUAGAACUUCUGGAAAACUGUGGGCACUCGGUGGUGAUGGAGAGACCCAGGAAGACAGCCAAGCUCAUCGUCGACUUCUUAGCUGCUGUGCACAACACAGACAACAACAAGAAGCUGGACUGAGGCCCUGACUGCACCUGCACUCUGCACACGCAUCCUCUCCCACCCCCAAAUCUGAUGCAACCACCACUUCUCAGGGAUCCUGCCCCAGAUGCACCGGAGCGCCAGUGUCCCUGAGCAAAUCAGUCCCCUCUCCCUGGUCUCGACAGAGCUUCAGGGGCCAUGAGGAAAUCUCCAAGAUGUUUUUCACAAAAUGCAAACUCACAUGGAACAAUAUAAGAAAACCCAGCCAUGAAAUCUACCGAGAAGUCUUUAAGUUCAUGUCGCAAAGCAGUCACCUUGGACCAUAACCACCUUGGCCAUUUUCUUUAAGACAUGUGUCAAAGACUGAGACUCGAGUUAUUUCUGUUGCUUUAGAUGUUCUCCCCCGCAUGGUCACUGGCUGUCUUAGGAACAUUAGUUCCCUUUCACUGAGCCCAUUCUGUUUAUGUCUUAUUUAAGUUUUACAUAAGAUAGAUAUGUGAAUACAGUCCAUCGCUGUAAGUACAGGAAGGAAACUAGCAAACUGGACAGUAUUUACAGGCAUGGAAGGGCGAUGUUCCAGCCAGCCCUCAGAGCUACCAGAACAGCAGAGAACACAGGUGGGAGUUUGAUCGGCCCCCACAUGUCAGGUUUGUCUCCAGUGAAUCCAGAACAGUCUCAGUAUAAAGAACACCUGGCAGGGGGAGUUUCCUGGGAAUAAUUUAUUAUUUUUAACAAUAAGACCAAUAAAGCAAUAACAUUCUAGAAAGCUAUCUAAUAUCAGACCCGGGCUCCUUGCUCAAGCACCUUGUGGGCCUCUUUUCUAUUUUGCUGUGCUACUGAAAACCCUUGGAUGUAAAAUACUAGCUUGUUAAUGAAUUCUGUGAAUUCUGUGAACAGUAAUGUGAUUGAAAAUAAGUCUAACAGCUGUAAAAGUGACCACAAUAUGACAUGAAAUAAAUUCAGUAAGUCUAGAUCAACAACAUGCAGAUGGUUUCUAUUUCUAAGCUUCUAAUUAAGUGCAAUGUUGGCACAUUUGUGUUUUUAAAAGUAAUGCUUGUUUUACAGGCUAGGAAGAACUUGCUUGGAUGAAUUGUUAGCUUCAUGUUUAGAAAUUAUGUAUUAGUUUAUAUUCAAUUGAAAUUGUAUUUCAAAAACAAAAGGCAAAAAUGACUCACCUGUUUCGUUUGCUGCUCUUCUCUUGGAUCUACCUAGUCUCUGCAGUAGCUUUACUCUUUCAAAUGUUUAUAGUCUGUAGGCAAGGAGCUCUAGAAAAAAAAGUGAGAUGAACUUUAUAGUUUCCAUCUUAGGAACCUAGAAAACAAUAGUCAAACUUGAAAAAAUGAGAGGAACUACCACAGAUGGGAGAAAAAAAAAAUCAAUGAAAUAGAAAACAGAUGCUAUUAGCCAUGCUGCUGGUUCUAAUCUCCUAUAUUUACCAUUAACGCUGAGCUUAGUAGGU